CCCACAGAAGCGACUCCGUGUUUGGAAGGUCGUUCAAAACUUCUGUGUUGCUGUAUUUUCGCACCGAUUAUCUCAUACAAAGCACACAAAUCUCGGGCUUGCUUAUAUAUCUCAUAAAGAGGUUGGUUGGUUUUUGUCUCCCUAAUUUAAUUACGGGAUCGAUUUCUGUUUGAUUUUAGGAAUCUGUUUUCGGAGAAGUGGUUCUCAGAAAGUGUGUUCUUAGAUUCGGUAUUGAAUUAGUCAGGCUCGCUCAGUUCUGCUUCUGGUUUUGUUGUGUUUCCAAGUGAUUGAGUGCUUGUGAUUGUUGAAGCUUUGAUUGGAUUGUUGGAAGGAAGGGAUUGAAUCUUUGAUUGGAUUGAAUGGACAUGGCAUUGGGAAAGAGGCGUGGAAGUUGUUUGGGAUCGAAGCGCGGCGGUGUGGUUGGUGAAAAGGGGCUAGGGUUAGGGUUUGUGAGGUACACGCGAGGAUUGGGGAGGAAGAGGGUUCUGAUUUCGAAUGAUUUGGAGGCUUCCCCCAUGGAUUCGGCUCCCAAGACUCCGACGAAGAGGCGGUGCGGUGAGGGAGUGGUUUUGGAGGCUGAAUGGUCUCUCCUCGAAGCCUUGCCUCAGGACGUUCUGGCUUCCCUGAUGGAUUCGGCUCCCAAGACUCCGACGAAGAGGCGGUGCGGUGAGGGAGUGGUUUUGGAGGCUGAAAGGUCUCUCCUUGAAGCCUUGCCUCAGGACAUUCUGAUUAGGGUAUUGUGCGGUGUGAAUCAUGAGGAUCUGAAGCAGCUUUUCCACGUAUCGAAAACAAUCAGAGAAGCUACUCUGAUUGCAAAGCAAUCGCAUUUUGCGUAUUGUACUCCAAAAAAGAUUCCCGCUUUUCGUAACGCGAUUGAUUCGGAGGAUUCCAGCGAGUUCGGAGAUAUCGAACCUCCGAAUGCCCCAAAACCGCGGCGCAUGCUUUUGGACCGGUUCCUGAUCAAGAAGGAUUUCUCUGACAUAUCGGCGGUAUUGUUUGAUUCACCGGACGAAGAGCAGUGUCCGAGGAAAAUGCUAUUUAUGGGUACAAAGAUAUGAGUCUCUAUGGGUUUUGUAAAUACAUUGCGUUCCUCGUUGUUGUAGAUUUCUAGUUGUUUUGAGUAGAGAUGUGCUUGUUGCUUCUCAUGUCCGAUUGUACAUGUAAAGAAAUCUUUUCAAGCCAGUUCUUCAAAAGCUUUGAUUGAAGAUGGAGUUGGCUUCUUCCUAUCUUUUUUUGUACACGUAUAAGAGAAACAGAGAGAUUCUACGAUUCUAAUUUGAAGGGCAAUCUAGCUUGUGCCCUUCUAUUGUCAUAAAGUUGAGAGUGUACAGUUUGAUUCUGCAUGCUCUUUUAGCUUAAUAAAAUGAGAGAUGUUUCCAUCUA